GUCUCGAAAGAAAAAGCUGCUGUGCCGCCCCGCAGGCGCUUCAUUUCGGGAUCUAUUGCUGCUGGCAGGCACGCCAUGCUUUGCUUCACGGACUGAAUUUAAGCCUCUUACGUGCUGCUCACUUGGAGGGGUUCAUAUUAAAAUUAGUCCCAGCACUGUGACUUUUCCAUCAUGUCAGAACCUAUCACGCUCAAUGUUGGAGGAAAACUCUAUACCACCUCUCUGUCCACUCUGACUAGCUUUCCAGACUCCAUGCUGGGGGCCAUGUUUAGUGGGAAGAUCCCAACCAAGAAGGACAGCCAAGGCAACUGCUUUAUUGACAGAGAUGGCAAAAUCUUCCGCUAUAUCCUGAACUUUUUACGAACUUCUCACUUGGAUCUUCCCGAAGAUUUUCAGGAAAUGGGCUUACUGCGACGGGAAGUAGAUUUUUAUCAAAUUCAGCCCCUGAUUGAGGCCUUGCAGGAGAAAGAGAUAGAGCUUUCUAAAGCAGAGAAAAAUGCCAUGCUCAACAUCACCCUUGAUCAGAAGACCCAGACUGUUCACUUCACUGUCCGAGAAGCACCCCAGAUUUACAGCCUGUCUUCCUCCAACAUGGAAGUCUUCAGUGCUCAUAUCUUCUCCACGUCGUGCCUGUUCCUGAAGCUUCUUGGUUCCAAGCUGUACUACUGUUUCAAUGGAAACCUUUCCUCAAUAUCCAGUUACCUGCAGGACCCCAACCACCUGACCUUAGAUUGGGUUGCAAGUGUGGAAGGCCUUCCCGAAGAGGAGUACACCAAGCAGAACUUGAAGAGACUUUGGGUGGUGCCAGAUAAUAAGCAAAUCAAUAGUUUCCAGGUGUUUGUGGAAGAAGUGCUGAAAAUAGCCAUGAGUGAUGGUUUCUGCAUAGAUUCUGCUCAUCCACAUACUUCAGAUUUCACGAAUAAUAAGAUUAUUCGCCUAAUUCGGUACAAGUAGGAAUGGCUGUUGUGGUGCUAGCAUGGAGAUAACACAGGUUCAGUGUUUCCCUUUAAAACACACAGCCUAAUUCAGAAUCAUGCUUAUCUGGAUUAAGAGUCACUAACAAGGAGAUGAUUUUCCUUUAAUGUACUUACCAAUACGACCUUCCAGAAUAUGUCCAUAUUCCAGACAGAAGCAAUAUUGUCUAGCGCCUGAAUUAAGGACUGGCUCUGUCUCUGCCUCUGCCUCUGACCUGCUGUACAAUUCUGGAGAAAAUCACUUAACUUCUGUCAUCUCUAUGUUUUCCAGUUGGAAAAUGGGUGAUCCUUAACCCGCAUUGCCAGGGGAUGCGAGAGUUCAGUACCCAUGGUUUGGAAUCUAUCUGGAGAAUGGAUGCAGUGAAAGAUGCCAUGGAGCUGCAGUGCAGCAGACUGCCCUAGGAGCACAUUUGCCAUGCCUUGCUGUAUCACCUGUGCAGAGCAUUCAAGAAGCUUUGGAUCUGUGGAAGAGAAGCCUUCCCACAUGCACUCAAGACAGCUGAAAAGGACGGUACAAGUUGCAAAUGAGCAAGGGAUCCCAUCUCUUUGGGUUCAACAAAGGAUUUCUGUGAAGCUGGCUUGGGGUUUUUUCUCAACCCUGUGUGGAAGCCCCUGCUUUAUUGUGCUUUAGGGAAACCGUGUUGGAAUGAUGUGACUGGCAGGGAAGCCAUAGAAGAGAGAAUGGUGUUAUUACAAACCAAGAAGAUGAAAUCUUUACUUUUACAUUCCAAAGGCAUCCAAGACAACUAGUCCUUUUCUUUCUCUUACAAUGGUAAUGUUUGUCUGGAGGAUGCUGCUGAAACUUUUUAAUGGGAGGACAGAUUUUGGGGCAGAGGCCCCCAAAUGUCUUCUAAACAUUUGAGCCUCUUUUGGACAUAACUCCCUUCAGCAGUGCCUGGAAUGCAUGGGAUGCUGUCUGGGUAGGAUGGAUUUAAUUUGAAAAGCUAACAUUCUCACCAGGUUACACCUAAUAUUUUUCAUUGCAAAAACAGAGGAUCGUUUUUCCUAUCCUGGUUCAUUAAGCCUUUUUUUGUCUAAUAUCUUUGUGAAAUGGUCAGGUCACUAAAAGAAUUUUACCUACUUGCUUGGCUUCAGUGUCAGCUUGCCCGAGGGAAAGCAGUGGGAAACCAGAGGUCAACUCUUCCCUACACACCUGGUCUGUGCUGUAAUGAAGAUAACUCACUACCUGCAUGUUGUCUCUAAACAUCAUUUGUGCCACAUUCAAGAUGGUUCUUUCUUGGCUAAUAAUGUUUAAAAGUGUCUUAACUGUAUUUCCCAAACCAGAUUGCUGUGAGUGCAUGAGAGGCCCUCUGGAACCUUCUCAGGUAUCUUUAAUGAGAUAGAAGGGAAAAUGCAAUAACUAAGUUUUGCAUUUAGAGGCUUAGUGCUUCCGAAGGUUUCUAGCACAGGGCUGCGAAGCUCAGUAAUGCGCAUGUUCUUGUUUCCCAAAGUAGCUACUCUGUUACAUUAAGCUGACCUGUGAACAAGCAUAAAGAAGCUUUUUUUCUUGUAAAAAACCAGUGUGAUCAAUAUAUUUCUACUGUCCCAAACUGUGACUGCAUGCACAAAACAAAUCAGCAUGCUCAUGGGUAAAAUGCACAUUCUGCAGUUGUUACAAACCACUGCCCUUUGUCUGACCUGGUGCUGAACCAGCAUGAUAUACAUGGGACCAUGUUGUCAGAAAGCACUGAUUGGGCUUGAAGCCCUCAGAACCACUAAACAUGACAAAUGUUGUGUAGUUUGAGGAUUGUAAAUAGGAUUUUGUGACCAAAUUCCAGUUUGAGUCACCAUGUUGUUCUAUAUUUAGUUGCAUUAGGAAGAACUCUUUUUUUUUUUUUUUUUUUCCAUCCCAGUCCUGAAUUACAAAGCAUGAGCUGGCUGUUCAGCUGGACAUUGACAGGGAUGAUCUCUGCUGGUAAUAUGAUUAUGAUCUGUAAAAUGAACCCUCUUUCAUCAAAUCUGUGACUUGAAACAGAUAUGCCCUUGCUGAAUUUAUGAUAACAGAGAUUUUGGGGACUGUUGAUGGUAUUUCUUUUUAAUCCAUACCCUUGAGAGUAGAUUUUAAAUGAUCUGUAACCAGAGCUCUUGUAUGUCAUGACUAAAAUAAUACCAGUAGGAAUUUGUUUCCUGUCACCUUGAGUUUAUCCAAAGGUAAGAGCAGUGGGCUUAGAUCUCAUUUGGAAGGGUGGAGUGGAGGAGAGUCUGACCUACAUCCUUUAGAGCUUGGGAUCAGUUCUGCUCCAUUCUGUUUCAGCAAAAUAAAAUAUUCCAUGGGAGAGUUGUAUGAUUACUGCAUUUUUCUUGGUGAAAGGCAAGUAAGAGGAGUCUGUAAAAGGAGAGAACUGGACUCAGAUCUUCACCUGGAGUACUUUAACCCAUCAGUCUGUUAUGCAGGAGAUGAACAAAUUGAAUACACAUUUAUUUGUGUUCAUGCAACUAAGUCAGUAAAAGGUACAGCUGGCCCCAGAUCUCUGUAAUUUAUUAACAGAUAUUGAGAUGCAAAAUAUCUAUAGAUAGAUAGAUAGAUAGAUAGAUAGAUAGAUAGAUAGAUAGAUAGAUAGAUAGAUAGAUAGAUAGAUGCAAAAUUUCCAACCACUGGAAAGACAUGAGUGAAGCCAUGCUUUGGAAGGAACAGAAGAACCUGAGGUACCUCAAACUUGCUAAGCACAAUAAACAUCCUCAAGUGUGAGGUACUAUUUAUACUGGAAAUGAGUGGUAAGUGAAUCACUUGUGAUUGCAGUCAAACAUAUGUUCUACAAAUGCAGCUGCUAUUUCAGACUCCACACUAAGCUCAAUUUAUAGCUGCUCCCGAAUUCUGCAGUCUGUGAGUUACGAUAUAAUGACUGUUUAUAGGAACAUUUUCUCUCCAGAGCAUUUGUUUGCAUUUUAUCUGAAUAGCUGUUUUUUGUUUACCUUCUUUUUCUGAGCCCUGGAAGUGUAACUUGCUUUUGUUUGCCAGUCAACAGCACUGAUAAUGAUUCUUCUCAAGAGUUUUCCUGAAUUAAAGAGAAGCAAACAUGCACAAAGCCAUGCUAAGUAUAGUACAACCCCAUCACUAGUCAUGAAAAGCACUUGGCAUUUAUUAGCAGUAACAUCUAAAAAUUAUUUCACUGCUGAGUGGAAUAUUCACUCUCAGAACAAACUUGUUUUUUUCCUGGAAAGAUUUAGUGACAUUUUCUUCCCUUAAAGUUUUGUGUGUGUUUUCUUCUAUCUUGGUGCAUAACUCCUGAUUCUACCAUAUGCCUGUCUCUCUCAAUACCUUAGUGUACAAAAUGAGGCCAAGCCCUGCAAUUUUGGUUUUUUUUUAAUGACCUCAUUUUUAAUUUUUUUUCCUAAGUGACCACUGAAUAGAGUGUUCAGUAGUGUUAGAGGAGAAGAAUACCAGUGUCAGGACAGAUGAUGAACAAGAUUUUAGCUGUAGUGUAAUGGCAUUCUCAGAUCUGGACAUGUGCAUAGCACAGUGAUAUUUCUUACAUGGCAAAAAGACUUACGAAACAUCUUAAUGGACUCCAGAAAGAAUCACUCAUGGAUUUCUUUAAGUGUUUUUAAGCUGGAUAUCUCUUAAAUAUCUAGCCAUGUCCAGUUACAAGGAUGAGACUGAUACUGUAUAUAAAUAAUAAGAAAUAGUUUAUACAGCUGUUAAAGGGAGGAGUUGAUGGGAGGAGUGUUUGUUUCUGCAGGCAAUGGCAAAGAAAUAAAAGAAGUAGUUGUAAAAAGUUAGCUCUGAAAGAAUUCACAUUAACAAGAAAUCCAGGAUUUAGAAGGGGGAGAAUAAAAAUAUCUUGAUGUAUUCAGGAAAAAAAAAAAAAAACAAGAA